CCGGGCGGAAGGGGCGUGGCGCGGCGCCGGAAGGGGCGGGGCGCGCAGCGGGGAGGGCUCAGGCCGCGCCGGAGGCAGCGGCCGCGCCGGGGAGCGGGGGGAGCCGCCGCCGCCGCCGCCGCCGCCCGGGGGGGGCCGGGGCCGGGGCCGGGGCCGCCGCCGCGGCGAUGCCGAGCAAGAAGAAGAAAUACAACGCGCGGUUCCCGCCGGCGCGCAUCAAGAAGAUCAUGCAGACGGACGAGGAGAUCGGCAAGGUGGCGGCCGCCGUCCCCGUCAUCAUCUCGCGGGCGCUGGAGCUCUUCCUGGAGUCGCUGCUGCGCAAGGCCUGCCACGUCACGCAGGCGCGCAACGCCAAGACCAUGACCACCUCCCACCUGAAGCAGUGCAUCGAGCUGGAGCAGCAGUUCGACUUCCUCAAGGACUUGGUGGCGGCGGUGCCCGACAUGCAGGGCGAGGGCGAGGAGGGGGCCGCCGAGGGCGAGCGCCCCCCCCGCAGGGGCCGCCGCCCGGGCGCCGGCCGCAGGAACGGGGGCCCCGGCGCCAAAAGCAAAGACCCCAAACAGUCGGGCACCGACUCGGAGCAGGAGGAGGACUCGGAAGACAGCGACAGCGACGGGGACGAGGAGGCGCCGCCCCCCCCCGGGCGACCCCUGCCCUUCGCCAGCCCGCCGGCCCCCUUCGCACCGCCGCUGCCGCCGGGGGGGCUGCCGCCCGCCCCCGGCCCCCCCCGGGGCGCCGCCGAGGAGGAGGAGGAGGAGGAAGACUACGACUCCUAGCGCCGGGGCCCCGCGCGGUACUGGGAGCACUGGGAGCACUGGGAUCCCCCCCGGCACCGGCGCAGCGCCCGGCGGCUCGGCCCGGACGCCUGGGCCCGCGCGGGGGGGGGGGUGGCGGGGGGGGGGGUUGGGGCCGUUUUAAGGCGUCUCGGGGGGUUUUGUAUCGCCUCAAUAAAAGCCGCAGUUUCAAUAGAA